GCCCGGAUGGAAUAGGUGACUACAAAGUUGGUGUAGUGACAGAUGAUCGGUUUGUUGGCAUUGGGACGAUGUCUGCGGAGGGCACAAGUGAACUUAAGUACAUUACAAGAGCAUCUCCUCAGACACCUCAUCCCAGACCCAAGACAAGGUGGGUUGGAGAAAUUGGAUGGCUGAUUCCACCAUUUAAAGACUUCAGAGCUGUAUCAACUCGUCACCAAAUCAAGAAUGGAGAGUUCCGAAGAGCGAACGAGAACAGACAUACACAUUUAUACCAGAACCCCUGGUAUCCCGGGCCAAAUGAUGUAGAGUACUCCUCUAUGUAUCGAUUCACAGGACGAAAUUUCAUUCCUGCAGAGGAGAAAUCUCAACGGUGGAAAUUUCCGGCUGCAUCAACUGGACUAAUCUCAUCUGCAUACACUGCUGCAAGGAGCGUUAGUAUCCCGCUACCAAGAGAACAACCAAAAUCGGCCUCAUAUUGUUCCAGAAACCAUGACGGCCAGUUACCAUCAAUGUAUAAUAGUCCACAUAGGUAUAGGAAGAAUGCAGACAGCAGGCGACGGUCACAGACAUCAUUUAGCGACCGUGGCUCAGAUCUAAAUUCUCAAAGUGAAUCGUAUACUCGAUAUAAUCAACACUCUUUGUCCAACCAGUCCUUUAACAACAACAAUGCAUCUCAACGUAAUGGGUAUAAGAAGGUCAGCAGAUUGCCGACAGCAACAAGUAUUACGAUUCAAUCUUGACUGUAAUUUUGACGUUGAGCUUGAAAUCAAGGCGUGAUGCACAUUGACGACGCACAGCAAAUGUUAGGUGCUAGAUUAUAAAUAGGCAGGAUUAUCAAUUGAUUAUUAUACAAGGAUUAUCAAAUAAAUUAAUCAUGUUAUCAAUUACAUUAUUGAAUCUCAUAAUUAUUUUGAUUUCAUGUUUAGGAAUUCAACACAGGUUUAGUUUUAUCUAUUCUUUUGCUUAUGUUAUUGAUCAGGGUAGAUUUAGCUCAAUCUUGACCCAUGAAAAUAACUAAUUGUGGCAAAGACAAGCCAAACCAGUCACUGGUCGCAAAAAUGUUCUGUUAUUAAUACAUAGUUAACUGAAAGAUAAGAGCUAUAAAAUGGUAAAAGAGUCAUUUAAAUCCAACAUUUAAACAUACGACUGCUUAAAAACCAUAUUUGAAAUAUUGGCCUUCAAAGUUUAUGAUUUUGGGCAUUUCGAAGGCAGAAAC